ACCGUCUCUCUUUGGUGUCUGCCAUUGCCGAAUCGCGUGUCAAUUUCUGUCCUCAGUCGGUUUCUUCCUUUCAGACCUGAUAAAAUAAUCAUGGCUUUCGGCGAUCUUAAAACUGAAAAUGGUGUUAAGGCCCUCAACGAAUUCCUAGCCGAUAGAAGUUACAUUGAAGGAUAUGAACCGUCUCAGGCGGACGUGACCACCUUCCAAGCUUUAGGAAAGGCCCCUGCCAGCAGCUUCCCACAUGCUCUCCGCUGGUACAACCACAUUAAAUCAUUUGGGUCUGAAACCAGCAAAUUCCCAGGUGCCAAAUCUGCUGCUGCAGCCCCAGCCAGCAAACCAGCCGAUGAUGAUGAUGAUGAUGUUGACUUGUUUGGAUCUGAUGACGAAGAGGAUGAGGCUGCUGAGAAGAUCAAGGCAGACAGAAUUAAAGCCUACAGUGAAAAGAAAUCCAAGAAACCUGCGCUUAUUCCCAAGUCCUCAAUUGUCCUAGAUGUUAAACCCUGGGAUGAUGAGACAGAUAUGGAAGCCAUGGAGAAAGCAGUAAAAACCAUCACAUGUGAUGGUCUUAUUUGGGGACAGUGUAAAUUUGUACCAUUGGCAUAUGGUAUCAAGAAGCUCCAAAUCGGAUGCGUCAUUGAAGAUGACAAGGUUUCAGUUGACUGGCUAACUGAGGAAAUCCAGAACUUCGAAGAUUUGGUCCAAUCAGUCGAUAUUGCCGCUUUCAAUAAAAUUUAAAUAAAAUCAUUGUUUCGGAGCUGAGCCGGCUCGUGUUAUCAGAUAUUUUGAAUGCUAAUCGUGCAAAGUGCCUGGCUCCACAAUUACUGGCUGAUUGAAAUAAACAUGCUGGGUUGUUA